AUGUCCGGAAAAACUCCAAUUUAUCGAUUACCACCACUACCAAGAUUAAAAGUUAAAAAACCAAUUAUACAACAAGAAGCAAAUAGAUGUCUUGUAUUAAUGUCUAAUUUAUUACAAUGUUGGUCCUCAAAUGGUCAUAUGGAUAAACAGUGUACUCAGCUAGCUAAUCAAUUAAAGGCUUGUACUAAUGAGAGAGCCAUGGGGAAAAAGCAUGGUGAAGAAAGAAGUACCAUUAAUUACCAUGCCUCAAGAUUAUAUAAUAGAAUUAAUGGUAAACCACACGAUUAA